AUGCCUCUCGGAAUCUUGACCACCGAUUCGCCUAGCCCAUACUCGCGAAGUCAUUCAUUGCGUGUAGCAAGAGGCAAAAGUUGGGUAAAGGCCCUGACGACAUCAGCAACGGUCAAGCUGAAUAGGACCGAUACCGACUUUGGACUCGACUACCUGGAUCCACUACCGGACGAGAAGGAUGAUAGCGAGGACGUGUGGAAGGCUUUAGAUGACAUAGCUGCUUUUCGUCUCAGUCUGGGAAAUGAUGAUGAGAUAUCAAGGCACUCUCUCGAUCUGCCUAGGUUCUCUCUAUGUCAAGACGAUUUUAACAUCGGAGAGCCAGAGACACCCUUGGCAUCAACGUCCCGACCAUUUCACAAGUGGAUGAAAAACUUACACAGGCGAGCACACCGUUCCAGUGCUAGCAGCAAUACUACGGUGCCUUUCCUAGAAUACAUAUCUACUGAAGGCCCCACGCGAAUCGAUGGUCACAGGAAAUCUUCAUCAGGUUCCUCUUCUUUUGGAUUUGUUGCCGCUGUGAAAAGCGCCACUGUGAGUCUAGCUAGUGCAAGUGUGAUAACUCGUCAACAAAGACGCGCGGCGCGAUCUUCCGUCCAUACGAGGACGGACCUGAGCAGCCGGGGCUCCGUUUCAGCCCAAAGAAUGUCUGAAGACAGCACUUAUUUUGAAAGAAGUUCGCAAGUAGACCCAGCUGUCACAGAACGUCUACUCCAGAGGCGACGGAUACUUGAAGAGCUCAUUACAACAGAGGAAAGUUACAUUGGUGACAUUAGAUUCCUCAUGAACGUCUAUGUUACCAUCUUGGCUUCUUUACCGACGCUCCAGCACGGUCUUCGAUCCUCGAUCAAUCAGAACUUAACAGACAUAAUUGAACUCCACGAAGAAAUUCUUGGUGAGCUUCAUCGUAUUGUCCCUGAUUCGGAGUAUACGCAACCCGAAUACAUUGCGGUAGAACCAAGUCCAAAGCCAAGCCAAGAACACUACCGUUGGCAUAGCCUCGACUCUGUCCCCGAAGAAAGAGGCGGGCGGUCAUGGUUACAUAGCGUCCCUAGCGUGAUCGCUGAACCGAAUGUUGCAGCUGAGGUUGCCCAAAUAUUUGGGAAGAAGAUAAACCGUUUCCUCAUUUAUGAAGAAUAUGGAGCAAGGUACGAGCUGAUGAUUCGAGACGUUGCGUCUACUCAUCGUAUCCUCCCACACUGGGAAAAUUACCAGAAAGGCAUCGAGGCGUUAGCCGCUUCACUCAACGCCCCGAAUGGUCAUCUAGGUCACUCUAGAAAGUCUCUGACCAUCGGUGACCUACUAGUCAAACCAAUACAACGAAUCUGCAGAUACCCUCUUCUCUUUUCUGAGCUUCUGAAAUACACGCCAGUUUGCGACUGCCCCAUCUCUCAUAUGGAAAUUGAGAGCGUGCUCAUCAGGCUUCGCGAAACUACGGCCGAAAUCAACCGGGCCACGGAUGACCCCGGAGUCAAAGCCUCGCUGGAACAAACCUGGCUGCUCCAAGAUCGUCUCGUAUUUCCCAACCAAAGAUUGUCUGCCGCAUCCAAGAGUAAGAUUCGUUCGCUCGGACAGAUACGCCUUUGUGGAGCUUUACACGUCUGCUGGCAAACCAGGGAGGGCGUGACAGGCCAGUAUAUGGCUUCACUUCUCUACAGAGACUACCUGUGUCUUGCCACCGUGGGUAAAGGAGAUCAAGUCUACACCAUUCAGGCUUGUAUCGGUUUAGAUAGAAUCAGAGUUGAAGAAGCAGACAAUGGCAGGGGCUUGCAAUGCCAUACGGCACCUUUUUCUUGGAAACUUGUAUUCGAGUGUGAUCACCAACUAUAUGAGAUGAUCAUGACAGCUUGUUCGCCGAAGGAAGAGAUGGAAUGGCGCAUACGUCUCUCGGAUGUAAAGCGACCCGCAUCCCAUGAACAGCCAUCCUCGGCAUUCUACAGUUCAAAUUCUCUCCAUAUCAAAAGCCUUGGGACAGUGUUUAGAAAACCUGGGUCAGUAGCUCGUCGCCUCUCUAUCCAUCGGGCCACGACCAUCGGACCCAAGUCUCCGCUGUGUCAAGUUAUACUUAAGAACACAAGUACCGUCAAAGAUGUCACGCCCAUAAACCUACCAUCAUCAAUCAAUCGCUCACAGUCCCUGCUCACGACGAAUUCCCGAAUACCGGUUCUUGCUCCGUCUCGGGCUGAAAGGGCCCACCUUGAAGCAUCAUUAGCGGAUGUUUGGAGCCGCAACAUUUUGCCGUAUCCGGGCAUUACCUCGCGAUUGAAGAAUGAACAUCGUGUACGAAGUUCAGCAUCAAUAAUGAUGCGAAAACUCAGCGCCGCCAGUAUCACCAAUCCAUUUGCCAAGCGCUCUGGAAGCACUGUCAACUUACUGCCUACGGAAGAUAGCGAGCAGAUGCCUCAUGUGAAUAAGUUCCUUGACUCCCUUGUCAGUGUGAAUUGCGAUACCUUGACGUCUUCUAGAACCGAGGUGAUAGAAGGCAGCCCGUUACAACGCUUACCAAUUAUCCGCGAUGAGAUAGAAAGGUCAAGUAGUGGCAGUACUAGUGCUAGUUCCCAGAUAGCUGACGGCACCAACUCAGAAGGCACUGUGCGCCGAUUAGACGCGGCUAAAGUGGGGGCGACAUGGAGCGAUGAGAAUGAAUCAGGCACCUCGUCUCUUCGAACACCGUCGGCACAGGGCCACCGUGCAGAAACGACGCCGUCGUCGGCUAGAUCUUCGAUGUGUUCCUGCUCGGUGGAAGCAGGCAAGUCGUACGGCGGAUCACAAAAGGGCGGCCCUGCAGCAGGUUAUAUGAGCACUGCAAGAUCUAGCAGCAGGUGGGCCCGAGUCGGCAUCAUCAACAGAAGUCUCCAAGCCCUAGGAAACCGCAGCUUCUUCCAUUAG